AUGCAACCAAUACUUUCUCUUCAUCCCGCAACUUCUUUCUUCAAACUCUUGCUGAUGCAGGCUAUUGUACAAACCCUAUUGAUCUCACUCAAACCAAACGUUAACGCGCAGGCUCUUCAAGUCUACUCAGGCCGGAGAACGCCGGGUCUUCCACACUUCUUGUACGCGCGCCGCCCAGCCGAUCCUCGUGAGUCAACCUUCUCGAGUUUCCGAAUCACAGCAAAUCCACUCCUACCUUACGAAUGCGACCGGAAACCACUGAGUCCUGAAACCUGGAAAGAACUCAGAAUUGAUGACUACCUUAGAAAUUACCCGGGUGGACUGGAAGUAAACCUAACAGUGUUUGCCGCUCAAAAUAAAGCCCUCAACUUUGAAUGCGGCUUGAAUCUGUUUUGCUCAGCCGGUCAGCUCUGUUCCCCUAUCAACGGUAGGGCGUGGUGGGUGCUAGCGGCUGCAGAGCAAUAUACCAUGUAUCAUAAUUCCCUCUACACUGCCAUCGCCUUCGCGGCCGGUCAAACAAAAGCGGCUGCCGGUGAGGCAAUAGUGGCAAUCGCACAAGUCAUGAUGAUCAUGAAAGCACAAGCCCAAGAGCUUCAAGCCGGGAAACAAGACACGUUCACCAAGUGGGCUCAUUACAAAGAUCAAAUUUCACACUGGCAACAAAAUGCCCAAACAAAGAUUGGUGAGAGAAUGAAGGAAUUCAUCAAAUCUCAUGUAAGUAGCCCCAAAGGUCUGCUUGAAGCCUUGGCUGGUGGCAAUUACUGUUGUAACAAUCAAAAACUGGAUACAAAUGACGUGGAACAAAAAUUGUCUCGGAUUCUUACCAUCCGAAUGGCUGGUCAGAUACUUCGGGCAAAGAAGGGAUUUGUGACAAUUAAUUCGGACCCCUGUAGACAAAAGGGACCCAAUGGAGCUUUUUCCCUCGACGAUGGCUGGUUGAGUUAUUGCGACAAGCCAGACGGCACAAUGAUGAACGUAAUCUAUAACAACCAUGGCAAUGCUGGAAAUAAAUUUUACAAUGCUAAACUGUUGGUUGUAAAGUACCAGAUAACAGCGGAGUUUAUCACCAAGCAGGCAGUAGAAUGCGCCAAGCUAGGCAAAGGGCUUGAUUAUGAUCCAUAUGCAGACGGAACCAAUUUGUACAUGGACGAAAACGCGCGCUGUUUGAUUAAUUUACCAGCGCUCAUGGCAAGAGCACUCGAGCCAGAUACCUUACUUCCAUUUCCUGCUAACACAAUGGAACUUGGACUCUACGCAGUUUUUCACAAGAAGCUAAAACACACAACGGCUCCCAAGGCAUGCCAAGCAGGCGGAAUGGUUUUCUAG